AUGGCUGACAAGGCUCGCAGUGCCCAAGACGUGCUCGAUGAUCUCGGGGUCCCCUAUAGUGACCACGAGUUUCUGCGCCGUCUCUUUGCCCCAGAGGAUCCAUUUCCAGAACUCUCUGGUACCGAUCUUGAUCUGAACGCUACACACGAUCCCAACCCUAGCAACAGGGCCUCUGCUCGACUGAAUGCUGUCAUACUAUCUCAGAGACUUGCUCCAAUUCCUACCAGGCAAGACAUCCGCCGCCCUGGAUCCAACGAACCACCCGGUUCGUCCGUUUAUGAUAGUGACAGAGGUGAGAACACACAGGGCAAUAAUAUCCCCAUUAUUCCUGGACCCUCAGGAUACCGACAGGAAUCCCCGCCAAGGACCUUACCCAGCGUUGACACUGUUGGCAACUUGAUUUCUUCAUUCCCUCUUCCUCCUGCUUCCACCCCCUUUAAGGGAAAGCAAGCAAUUGCGCACGAGGAACAACCAGAACUUGCUGAAAGCAUUACAAACGCUAACAUUCCCACGCCUGACACCAGCCAAAGCGUCAACAGUCCGAUCGUCUUCGGAGAUUCCGUCGUUGAUACUUUGGCCAUCCCAUCUCCAUCCCCUUCGAGUACUCCAAUUUGUACCCCCCUUCAAAACGUCACGACUCCACUCUCUCGCGCGUCUCCCGUCGUAUCCAUCGAUCAAGAUCUUCACAACACUCGCCGUGUAGGACCAAAGGUGCCACUGCACCAUCCAGUGUCGGUCUACCCGUCGCUCGAAGGCCGCGACCGCAGAGCCACCUACGCGCUGUUUCCGAAUCCCUAUCCUUCGCCACGAUCUUCAUUCAGUUCUACAAUCCGCAGGGUUCAGCCUAUCCAGCCGUACUUCAGCACAACCCAAAGGCUGUGUUUGUUUCAAGCGGUGCUUUUCACGAGCUUGGACACGCAUCUCAUCCUUGUGUACUUGCUAGGUCCACCUUACGAGGUCCACCCUGAAGCCAGCAUCAUUUUGUCUUCCUGA